AUUGCAUUCUCCAUCAUGACGGCGAGCGCGGCCGAAACGUCGGCCCAGCACUUCUCGCACGAUAACCACCACCAUUCCCCUUCCCCGACUUCAGACACAGGCGAGCCGCAGCAUGUCCUGAUCCUCUACGCGUCCGAGACGGGCGACGCCCAGGACGUGGCGGAGAGAGUCGCGCGUGCGUUCCGCGCUCACCACCGCCGCGCAAUCACCAUGAGCAUGGACGCGUACGACAUCGCGGACUUGCCCCAUGAGCCGCUGUUGAUUCUCAUCACGAGCACACAUGGGCGCGGCGAGCCGCCACCCGCCAUGCGCGGGCUGUGGAGCAAGCUGAUUCGUGCCGGCCUCCCGAGCCACAUUCUAGAGGACGUCCACUACUCGCUGUAUGGGCUGGGAGACUCGUCGUACGAGCGCUUCUGCUUCGCAGGCAAGAUGCUCGCUCGAAGAAUGGAGAGCCUCGGCGCCCAGAGCCUCGUUGAACCUGCGUGGGGCGAUGAACGUGCUCCGGACGGAAUCGAGGAAACCCUUCUACCAUGGCUGGAGCGGACGCUCGCAGCCAUUGUUCCCUACCUCCCUGGCCCGUCAUGUGCGCCCCGCCCCGACACUGAGCUUCCGCCACCAAUCUACCGACUGGAACCCGUCGAGGAUGCGGACGUAGCCAAGGCGCUAGACAGGCUACACCUUGCCAGCGCGGACCCGUCCGACUCGAAGGCGGAGUAUACCGACAUCCCGCCAGCUGACUCACGCAAUGGCAGUGAGGCUAACGGCAUCACGGAGAGCGCGCGUGCCAUGGUCUAUCACCCUGCCGGGUGGCAGUGGGCAACUCUGUCGCGCAACAAGCGCGUCACAGCGCCAGACUGGUGGCAAGAUGUGCGCGAGGUCGAGCUGGAACUCGUGCCUGGAGUUACAUAUCCCCCCGGAGCAAUCUGCGCCCUACAGCCACGAUGCUCGGACGAAGAGGUCGACACCUUCCUUGAGUGUAACAGGCUCGAGGCUGAAGCGGACAGGGUGUUCGUAAUUCGCUCCACUGUGCCCGGUCAACCACUCCCCGCUCACCUGCCGUCGGGGGCUACAACGCUGCGCACUCUGCUGACCCACCAUUUGGACCUACGAUGUCCACCACGGAAGAGUUUUUUCGAGUGGCUGCGGCGCCUGAGCACCGAUGAGCGUGAGCAGGAAAGGCUCGACGAGUUUAUCACGGAUCCUGACGAGAUUCAUGACUACGCCACGCGCCCCAAGCGCUCCAUUCUCGAAACCCUAGCCGAUUUCCGCGAGACUACCAUCCCAAUGUCGCACGUCCUCGAGAUUCUCGGCCCGCUGCGACGGCGACAGUUCUCCAUUGCGAGCGAUUCUGGAGCGCACCCGGGCAAGAUCCAGCUGCUCAUCGCCUUGGUCGACUACAAGACCAAUCUCAAAAUACCUCGCAUUGGACUAUGCUCCUCAUGGUUGGUAACGCUACCCGAAGGCACACGCAUUCCUUACACCCUGCUUUCUCCGACACUUCAUCUCCCAGCAGACGACGUGCCAGUAAUUCUUGUCGGCCCGGGAACGGGCGUAGCACCCAUGCGCGCUUUUCUAGAAGCACGUCUGCGGCGAGGCGCAGCGAAGGAUACGGCUCUCUACUUCGGCUUCCGCUCCCGUACAGCCGAUCUGUACUUUGCUGAUGAUUGGGCGGAAGCUGAGGCUAAGGGGGCGCUUGUGCGCCUCGCUGCCUCGCGAGACGGCAAGGACAAGGUGUACGUGCAAGAUCUCAUCCGUCAAGAUGCGACCAUGAUCAACGACUGGGUAACCAAGCGUGACGCUCACGUGUUUGUCUGUGGGUCUUCAAACGCCAUGCCUCGUGCCGUGCGUGAAGCGAUCGCAUGGUGCAUCAGCUCCGAAGGUGCGGGCACGCUCUCUGUCACUGAGGCAGAGGCUUAUGUGGAUGCGAUGUUCGAUGGCGACCGUGGAGGGGAGGAGAGCUGGUAGAGCAUGAGCAGAGCGGUCUCUCGAGUUGAGACAUUCUCGACGUUUGAUUCAAAUGCAUGGACCAUGAAACGUCUCA